AUGAUUAAUCUAUCUAUCUAUCUAUCUAUCUAUCUAUCUAUCUAUCUGUCUAUCUAUCUAUCUAUCUAUCUAUCUAUCUAUCCCUGGUCAGUCUGGUUAAAUAUGCCUUUCUACUCUUCUCGUUUUCUUUCUUUCUUUCUUUCUUUCUUUCUUUCUUUCUUUCUUUCUUUCUUUCUGUGUAUCAUACACAACACUUUCUCAGUUUGUUCACAUAUCUUUCUCUACUCAUCUCGUUUUCUAUCUAUCUAUCUAUCUAUCUAUCUAUCUAUCUAUCUAUCUAUCUAUCUAUCUAUCUAUCAAGAUCCGAGGGAUCUUAAUAAAAUUUGGCGUAUAUCUAUCUAUCUAUCUAUCUAUCUAUCUAUCUAUCUAUCUAUCUAUCUAUCCGUAUCUUUUUAUAUACUUUUUUUUUUAAUUUUGUUUGUUAUUUUCUCUUUACUCUUUUCGCUUUUUCUCUACUCUCCUUCAUUUGCUCAUAUCUUUUUUGCUAUUUUCUUUUUUUUCUCAGCUCUUUUCUCUUUGCUCAUAUCUUUUUGUUUUGCCUCUUUUGUUUUUUCUCUGCUCUUUUCUCUUUGCUUAUCUUUUUGCAUUUUUCUAUUUUCGCUUUUUCUCUACGUUCUUCCCUCUACCCAUGUCUUUUUGCUAUUUUCUCUUUUUCUCAGCUCUUUUCCCUUUGCCCAUGUCUUUUUGCUAUUUUCUCUUUUUCUCAGCUCUUUUCCCUUUGCCCAUGUCUUUUUGCUAUUUUCUCUUUUUCUCAGCUCUUUUCCCUUUGCCCAUGUCUUUUUGCUAUUUUCUCUUUUUCUCAGCUCUUUUCCCUUUGCCCAUGUCUUUUUUCUAUUUUCUCUUUUUCUCAGCUCUUUUCCCUUUGCCCAUGUCUUUUUGCUAUUUUCUCUUUUUCUCAGCUCUUUUCCCUCUACCCAUGUCUUUUUGCUAUUUUCUCUUUUUCUCAGCUCUUUUCCCUUUGCUCAUAUCUAUUUGCUAUUUUCUCUUUUUCUCACCUCUUUUCCCUUUGCUCAUAUCUUUUUUCGCCUAUUUUCUCUUUUCUCAGCUCUUUUUCCUUUGCCCAUGUCUUUUUUCCGCCAUAUUUUCUUUUUCUCAGCUCUUUUCCCUUUGCCCAUGUCUUUUUCUAUUUUCUUUUUCUCAGCUUUUUUUUUGCCCAUUUUUUUUAUUUCUUUUUUCAGCUAUUUUUUUUGCCCAUGUCUUUUGCUAUUUUCUUUUCAGCUCUUUUCCCUUUGCCCAUGUCUUUUUGCUAUUUUUCUUUUUUCUCAGCUCUUUUUUGCUAUGUUUUUUGCUAUUUUCUUUUUUUCAGCUCUUUUCCUUUGCCCAUGUCUUUUUUGCUAUUUUUUUUUUUCAGCUCUUUUUUCUUUGCCCAUGUCUUUUGCUAUUUUCUUUUUCUCAGCUCUUUUUCUUUGCUCUGUCUUUUUUAUUAUUUUCUUUUUCUCAGCUCUUUUUCUUUGCCCAUGUCUUUUGCUAUUUUCUCUUUUCUCAGCUCUUUUCCCUUUGCCCAUGUCUUUUUUUAUAUUUUUUUUUUUCUCAGCUCUUUUCCCUUUGCUCAUAUCUUUUUGCCUUUUUUCUCUUUUUUUCAGCUCUUUUUUCUUUGCCCAUUUCUUUUUUUAUUUUCUCUUUUCUCAGCUCUUUUUCCUUUGCCCAUGUCUUUUUGCUUUUUCUUUUUCUCAGCUCUUUUUUGCCCAUGUCUUUUUUUUUUUCUUUUUCAGCUCUUUUCCCUUUGCCCAUUUUUUUAUUUUUUUUUUCUCAGCUCUUUUCCCUUUGCCCAUGUCUUUUUGCUAUUUUCUCUUUUUCUCAGCUCUUUUCCCUUUGCUCAUAUCUUUUUGCUAUUUUCUCUUUUUCUCAGCUCUUUUCCCUUUGCUCAUAUCUUUUUGCUAUUUUCUCUUUUUCUCAGCUCUUUUCCCUUUGCCCAUGUCUUUUUGCUAUUUUCUCUUUUUCUCAGCUCUUUCCCUUUGCCCAUGUCUUUUUUCCUAUUUUCUUUUUUCUCAGUUCUUUUCCCUUUGCCCAUGUCUUUUUAUUAUUUUCUCUUUUUCUCAGCUCUUUUUCCUUUGCUCAUAUCUUUUUGCUAUUUUCUUUUUUUUAAGCUCUUUUCCCUUUGCCCAUGUCUUUUUUAUUUUUUCUUUUUUCUCAGCUCUUUUCCCUUUGCCCAUGUUUUUUUUGCUAUUUUCUCUUUUUCUCAGCUCUUUUCCCUUUUCCCAUGUCUUUUGCUAUUUUCUUUUUUCUCAGCUCUUUUCCCUUUGCCCAUGUCUUUUUUGCUAUUUUCUUUUUCUCAGCCCUUUUCCCUUCAUCUUUUUGCUAUUUUCUCUUUUUUCUCAGCUCUUUUCCACACUCAUUAUUUGCCAUUUUCUUUUUUUUCCCUGCCCUUUGCUCAUAUCUUUUUGCUAUUUUCUCUUUUUUUUCAGCUCUUUUCCCUUUUGCUUAUGUCUUUUUUGCUAUUUUCUCUUUUUCUCAGCUCUUUUCCCUUUGCUCCAUGUCUUUUUUAUAUUUUCUCUUUUCUCAGCUCUUUUUCCCUUUUGCCCAUGUCUUUUUUGCUAUUUUCUUUUUUUCUCAGCUCUUUUCCCCUUUGCUCCAUGUCUUUUUGCUAUUUUCUUUUUUCUCAGCUCUUUUUCCUUUGCCCAUGUCUUUUUUGCUAUUUUCUUUUUUCUCAGCUCUUUUCCCUUUGCCCAUGUCUUUUUUUUAUAUUUUCUCUUUUCUCAGCUCUUUUCCCUUUGUCCAUGUCUUUUUUGCUAUUUUCUCUUUUUCUCAGCUCUUUCCCUUUGCCCAUGUCUUUUUGCUAUUUUCUCUUUUUCUCAGCUCUUUUUUCUUUGCUCAUGUCUUUUUGCUAUUUUCUUUUCUCAGCUCUUUUCCUUUGCCCAUGUCUUUUUUUGCUAUUUUCUCUUUUUCUCAGCUCUUUUCCCUUUGCCCAUGUCUUUUUGCUAUUUUCUCUUUUUCUCAGCUCUUUUCCCUUUGCCCAUGUCUUUUUGCUAUUUUCUCUUUUUCUCAGCUCUUUUCCCUUUGCUCAUAUCUUUUUGCCUUUUUCUCUUUUUUUCAGCUCUUUUCCCUUUGCCCAUUUCUUUUUGCUAUUUUCUCUUUUUCUCAGCUCUUUUCCCUUUGCCCAUGUCUUUUUGCUAUUUUCUCAAACCUCUCAGCUCUUUUCCCUUGUCUUGGUCUUUUAUUAAAUUUUCUUUUUUCUCAGCUCUUUUCCCUUUUGCCCAUUUCUUUUUGCUAUUUUUACUCUUUUUCCCUUUGUUCAUGUAUGAAUUGCUAUUUUCUCUUUUCUCAGCUCUUUUUCUUUGCCCAUGUCUUUUUUUAUAUUUUUUCUUUUUCUCAGAAACUUUCCCUUUGCCCAUGUCUUUUUGCUAUUUUCUUUUUUCAGCUCUUUUCCCUUUGCCCAUGUCUUUUGCUAUUUUCUCUUUUUUUCAGCUCUUUUCCCUUUGCUCAUAUCUUUUUGCUAUUUUCUCUUUUUCUCAGCUCUUUUCGCUUUGCUCAUAUCUUUUUGCUAUUUUCUCUUUUUCACAGCUCUUUUCCCUUUGCUCAUAUUUUUUGCUAUUUUCUCUUUUUCUCAGCACUUUUCCCUUUGCUCAUAUUUUUUUGCUAUUUCCUCUUUUUCUCAGCACUUUUCCCUUUGCUAAUAUCUUUUUGCUAUUUUCUCUCCUGCAUUUUCUCUGCAUUUUUCUUUUUGCUAAUAUCCUUUUGUUUUUUUCUCUUUUCGCUUUUUUCUCUUCGUUCUGUGCUCUUUUCUCUGUUGUUUGCUCAUCGUUCAUUUCUUUUACUGCCUUUCUUUUUGCUUUAUCUCUUUGUCUUUUUCACUGCUAUUUUCUCUUUGCUCACAUCAUUUUGCAUUUUUAUCUUUUUGCUUUUCCUUUGCUCUUUUCACUUUUCUCUCAUCUUUUUGAAUUUUUCUCUUUAUGCAUUUUCUUUGUUCUUUUCUCUUUGCUGAUACCUCUUUGCAUUUUUCUCUUUUUGCAUUUUCUUUGCUCUUUUCUCUUUGCUGAUACCUCUUUGCAUUUGUAUCUUUCCGAUUUUUCUUUUUCUUCUAUGCUCUUUUCUCUGUUGUUUUUCUCUUCGCUCUUCGUGGUUUUCGUUUUGCUCUUUUCUCUUUGCUUUUUUUUCUCCUUGUCAUAUCUUUUUACCUAUUUCUCUUUUUUCUCUUUCUUCUUUGCCUUUUAA